AUGGAGAACCCCCACGAGUCGGAACAGAACGUCCUCCUUGAGCGCAUCAUUCGUAACGUCGACAAGUGCGACGAGGCGUUCAACGAGCUCAACACUUGUAUCCGCGAAAUCAUCCAGAGUUCAGCGAGUGUGGCGCUCGUGUCCGAGCUCAGCGUCAACUUUGAGGCGAAUACCGCACACUACCUCCAGAACGUCAAGGCUAUGCGUGGGCCCAAGGCGUCCAACAUGUAA